GCAGCUUUCUCCUCCAGCACUCGACUCCUAUCUCCUGGAUCUCUCGCUCUCACUCGGCUCCUUGUCUCUCUGUGACAAACCAGACGUUCUGCUACAAUGAGGAACCUGAUGGCUCUGCUGUUUCUGAUGUCGCUCUGCUCUCUUCAGCUGGUGUUUAGCAAACCCAUUGCUUUAGACAAUAUGGUCUGCUGUGAAGGCACAUCUACAAUGAAGAUCCCAGUAAAGAACAUUGUGAGAUACUGGUGGACCAGCAGCGACUGCCCCAGUAAGGCCAUUGUCUUUGAGACUUUUAACAAGAAAACGAACGUUGAAAAGAAAUUCUGUCUGGAUCCUACGGCCGCUUGGGUCUCCAAAUACCUUAACGAAGAGGAAAUGAGAAACAAAUCCCCAAUGGAUCAGCAAACCUCUGAGACUCAGCAGUAGACGAUUUCAACACAGAACACUAAAUUAAUAUUUACAUAAUCUCACCCUAUUUUGAGAUCAGUAUCACUGUCAGUUCCUUCUUUGUGUUUGUUCCCAUUUAAAUCCCAAUUACAUUAAAAAUAUUCCAAUAAAGUUUUUUUUACUUUGCACUAAA